CUCUGCUAGUGAUCGUAAGGUUCGCUACGUCGUCGUGAACCCCACUUAAACAUUUAACACUGAAAGUUUGUGUAUGCUUCGAGUUAUUGCAAUUUCUUACGUUGAAACGUGAAUAACGUUCGUAGAUAGUUGCUGCGGUGAUUGCUGGUGGUCUUUCAGACUCCAUCGAUAGUAAAUAAAAAUAAAAUCGAAUAAACCAAAACACACAAUGGCAAAACUCUUUGUGGUUUUUGCCAUUUUAGCUACAGCUGCGACAGCUUCUGCCGAUCGUGUGAGACGUCAAGCGGCCACAGAGGAGCCCAAAAAAGAGGAAUCCUUCGAAAAGGAACUCUGCAAAGAUAAAGAUGCUGGCGAAUGGUUCCGUUUAGUCGCUGGAGAAGGCGAUAACUGUCGUGAUGUCAUUCAGUGCACAUCGUCGGGUCUGCAAGCCAUCCGUUGUCCGGCUGGUCUGUACUUCGACAUUGAGAAGCAGACUUGUGACUGGAAAGAGUCCGUAAAAAAUUGUAAAUCGAAGAACAAGGAGAGACGUGUCAAACCUCUGCUACACACCGACGAGCCACUCUGUCAGGAUGGUUUUUUGGCUUGUGGUGAUGGCAAUUGCAUUGAGCGCGGUCUCUUCUGUAACGGCGAGAAAGAUUGCUCAGACGGUUCCGAUGAAAACACUUGCGAUAUCGACAAUGAUCCCAAUCGCGCUCCACCCUGCGACCCCACUGUGUGUGUGUUGCCCGAUUGUUUCUGCUCUGAGGAUGGAACUUCGAUACCCGGCGAUUUGCCAGCCAAGGAUGUACCUAUGAUGAUCACCAUUACCUUCGAUGAUGCCAUCAAUAACAACAAUAUUGAUUUGUACAAGGAAAUCUUCAAGGGACGCAAGAACCCUAACGGUUGUGACAUUAAGGCCACCUACUUCAUCUCACACAAGUACACCAACUACUCAGCGGUGCAGGAAACAGCGCGCAAGGGACACGAAAUUGCUGUGCACUCUAUUACUCACAACGAUGAGGAGCGUUUUUGGUCGAACGCCACCGUCGACGAUUGGGCCAAGGAAAUGGCUGGCAUGCGUAUCAUCAUCGAGAAAUACGCCAACAUCACCGAUAACUCAGUGGUAGGUGUACGCGCCCCCUACUUGCGUGUUGGCGGCAACAAUCAGUUCACCAUGAUGGAAGAACAAGCUUUCCUCUACGACUCCACAAUCACUGCACCCUUGUCGAAUCCACCACUGUGGCCAUACACUAUGUAUUUCCGCAUGCCACACCGUUGCCACGGCAAUCUGCAGAGCUGCCCAACACGUUCGCAUGCCGUGUGGGAAAUGGUCAUGAACGAAUUAGAUCGUCGUGAGGAUCCGGCCAAUGAUGAAUAUCUACCUGGUUGCGCUAUGGUUGAUUCGUGCUCGAACAUUUUGACCGGUGAUCAAUUCUACAACUUCCUCAAUCACAAUUUCGAUCGUCAUUACGAUCAAAAUCGUGCACCAUUGGGUCUCUACUUCCAUGCGGCAUGGCUGAAGAACAAUCCCGAAUUCUUGGAUGCCUUCCUCUACUGGAUAGAUGAGAUCUUGGCCAAUCACAAUGAUGUCUACUUCGUCACAAUGACACAAGUCAUCCAGUGGAUGCAGAAUCCCCGAACUAUCAGCGAAGCCAAGAACUUCGAGCCAUGGCGGGAGAAGUGUGUGGUCGAAGGCAAACCAGCCUGCUGGGUGCCCAACACUUGCAAAUUGACCUCCAAGGAAAUUCCCGGCGAGACCAUCAACUUGCAGACCUGCGUGCGCUGCCCGAACAACUACCCAUGGGUGAAUGACCCCACCGGUGAUGGUUUCUUCUAAGUCAAACGCGCUCACCUGUAAUUGCACAACCAGAACUUUAUUUUUGUUUUAACUCAUUUUAAGUCUUCUGACUUAAGGUUUGUGCCCUAGCUCACUGUUUAUGUUUUUAAGAUUAUUCUUCUUAUUUUACACUUCUCUUCUUCUUCUUCAUAUUUUUGACUAUCGAAUUUGCUGUGUUAUAAUUUUCUUUUCCUUACUCUUACCUUAUCUAUAAAUUUGCUCCUUAUCAUUUGUAAAUAUUUUUACUGUUAAUGGCCACACGCAGAUAACUAAGCUAAACAUUAAAAAAUAAAAUGAAGAUUAUAUUAAGUUUAAAAAAAUGCCACUUUCUAUUUUGUAUUUUUGUCUUCGAUUUCGUUUUAAGUUUUCUUUCUUUGUUUUCACUGCCUUUUUAACCAUAUGUUUGCUCUAAUUAUGCAAGAAUUUUAUUAUUUGACCUACCUUCGAGCUGUCAAGUGAUUAUUGGUAACCGUUUACACAUCUAUACGGGCCGCACAUAAGUAUUUGGCGCUCAAGGUCGUUGCUGUGUUAAUUUUAAAGUUACGUAAAAGCCGAACAAAAUAUGUACACACAAAGAAAUACACGAAGAGAUACAAGAAGAAGCCGGAACCAAUCGAUUCCACACAUGAUAUCAAAUAAUUUCGACAAA